AUGGACUCACAAGACUCGCUGGGUGAGCCCUUGCCUGUUGUAGGACUUGAUGCCGAUGUGAGUGUCAGUACCACGGAAGAAGAACCAGGAUUCGAUGAUGAAGACGAAGAAGAUUUCUUACCGGGUCUAGAUCAACCGUCUUCACCAGAGCCGCCACACCGAUCAUCGACACAAGACAACCUGCUUCAGCUGAGUGAAGAAGAUUUUGACCAUUCGCUUAUACAAAAGAUGGAUAAAACAGAAAAACUGGCAAAAGCACUAGAAACUGAACCACCAGUUUCGGCAGAUGUCGCUGGGCUCAGCGAAUCGUUCGUUUCAGAACUGGAACGGGAAGAUCGAACAAAAGACAUCAGUUUAACAUUGACAGAACGACACUUGGAAAAUCGUAAAGAUUGGUAUUUCCUGCGCGAGAAUUCAAGCUUCAUGCCUACAGAUUCAUGGGAAACCUUUUUGUAUGGUUCGUUAAAACCGGGAUGUUCAUUGGAGGAACUUUUGCAAUCCUUUGGAGUUCCACGGAGCCUUUUAACCGACCUACACGUGAGUCUUGACGGAUAUGAUCCUAGAAUUCGAACCAAUGCUUUAAGCGAGAUGUGUUGCCAACUCUCACAGUUUAUCAAAUCGCCUCGCUUCACAGAAUGUUUCAUUUCGUUCAUUUUGGACCGCAACAUAUUCAAUUCCGUCGGUUGUACAUCAGCUUGGUGUACUGAUAUCUAUCACAAGAUUGGACCUACGAAAUUCUGGGACGAUUAUUUCAAAAUUGUUCCCAAGGAAGCUUAUAUCUUGCAUCUCAGGGUAUCGCGCCAGAUCCAUGGCGCAGACCGGAUGUUAUUUCAAAAAUUGCACAAUACAACUAGUUUGUCAAACAGGCGGUUGAUCAAAGGCUUUGACACGCUUUUAUUUGCAGGAAAUCAUCAAGGUCUUCUGUAUUAUACUUUAUUUAUUUAUGGGAUUCGCCCAGACGAUACCCAAAGCGAAUCUCUUUUUCAAGCCAUGCGAAAUCGCCUACAGAAAUCAAGGAAAGGUCAAUACGAAGUGGAACUUGUCAUACUUGAAGGAUAUCUGACAACGUUUCUCAUAAACCGGUGA